AAAAAGACAAGAAAGAGCAGUAAGAAUAAUUGAAAGUAUACACGAAGAAGCUGAAACGAAAAGCGUCCAAUGAUUAUUUCUGCUUAAGAAAUCAGAGGAGAGCAGGAAAGAAACCAGUGAACGCUUCGUGUCUGAGAAACAUACAACAUAAUGAAUCUCGAGCCAGCAGAAUUUCUCUCUAUUUCGGACGGAGGAAAACAGGCCUUGAAAGACGCGAGAGUUGCUCUCGUUGAAAACCUCGUGGGCUCCGAUCAGAAUCAGGUACAAACGAUAUUGCAGCCAAUGCAGAGGGGUGAUGAAAUUUAUCUUAAGCAACUGGCGUCCGAAACGCUGACAGAAUCUUGUUUUGAUCUAUUUUUGCAGAAAGAUAGAGAGCAGUUUUGGAUAGGAUCCGAGAAGCUUAGAACGAUAAUGGACGGAGGAUUCAGAACAAAGUCCAUAACGGAAAUCUGCGGCUUGCCUGGCUCUGGCAAAACUCAAUUUUGUAUGCAGUUGUGCGCCUUCUGCCAAUUGCCAGAGAACGUGGGAAAGCUUUCAUUGUAUAUCGACACAAAUUUUGGAUUCACUCAAAACAGAUAUAGAGAGAUCUGCAGCUCAAACGGCAUUACGUCUGAUAUUGGCCCUAUGGUAAUGAGAAUACUUUCUGCUAGUCAAUUAAUAGCUGCAAUAAAGUCAAUGAGAGACUUGCUAUGCAAUAAUGAAAAUAUUAAACUUGUCAUAAUUGACAGCUUCAGUCGACCGUUCCUUUUUAAACAAACUUCAUCAAUGCUGCUGUCUGCUGUUUUAAUGGAGCUUCAAGAACUUGCUUUGGAAUUUAACUUAGUGGUUGUUAUCACCUCCCAAAUGACAAGUAAACAAACAAUGGAUCAAUCCACUAAACACCAGUCUACCCUUCGCAGCAGCUAUUCUUACUAUGUUAAUGAAAGACUGACUUUGUGGCAAAGAGAGCAGAGACAAGAGAUAAUAUUUUCAAAAAAGAGUAACAUUAUUGGCUCGGCAAAUUAUCAGAUUAAACUUGAUGGACUGAUUGUAACAUAACACAAAGCCUACUGGAGAGCGCAAUUUUUUGCCACUUGGAGACUGCAAGUGCAACUUAACUGAUAUCUGAAGAAAAAAAAAUACCAAAUUUGUGUACUGUGAAAUUAUAAUGAUUUUUAAAUCAAUUAAGCAGAGCAAAAAUUUGGACUGUAAUUUAAAUAAAUAUUUAGUAAUGUGAUCCCACA